AUGCCGAUCGCCACGGCUCUGCCAUCAGGUAUUAAUGGCCCGCCUACGGUGAAUCGCGCCGAUAACCACUCCGGGUUGAUUGUCGUCAUCACUGGGUUUUGUUUGGUGCUGGUUAUUUCCUCGCUGUGUGCCCGGGCGUUUUCUUCGUAUAAGCGGCAUAUCGUUCAGCGGGAUGACUACGGGUUCGGUGCUGUGGUGGUGGUUGCGCUCGUGCAGACAUCGCUCGUUCUCGCACAGGUUCACUAUGGCUGGGGAACGAAGGAGGAUACGAUGUCGCCGAGGGAGAAAAUAACUGCGCUCAAGACGCAGUUCGCGCGAUGGCAGGCCAUCACGGCGAUGGACAUCAUCCUCGAGAGUCUCCUGGUCCUCCACUCCGGACAUGCGAUAUGCGGCAUCAAGAUCUCCAGACGGCAGAAGAUCGUCGUGUUCGGCACGCUCAGCUGUCGCCUCAUCCUCCUUCCCCUCGCCGCCAUCCACCUCCACUACAUCCAGGUUCAGCUCGACUCCGUCACCCCCACGCUGGAAGGCGCCUCUGCGACCAUCACUGCAGAGCUCUACCUCGCCCUCAGUGUCGUCUGCCUGGUCGCUUCGUUCAUGAAGCCUGUGCUCGCAGUGUAUGUCGACGAAUACGGGAUCGCGUAUACGGACGAUGUCUCGCCGGCCCAGUCCAAGUACCGCAGCCAUACCUCGUCCGGCAGCGGGUCGCGUCGGCUGGGCACGGUGGACUACAACUACUGCUGGCAGCGGAUGCUGGAUCCGCCGCGGUCGUCAGUGGGGAAUCGAAUUGUCAAGACGGUGCAGAUUUCGGUAAGCGAUGGGCCAAUAGAGCUUCCGGAGCGGCAGACGGGGGAGAUAUCAUGA